GCGUGCAGAUGGCCCUUGGCCGACCGCCAGCUCUGUAUGACACGUAUAAGUGUGAGGGAGACCAAUCCCAGUUGAAACACAAACAAGAAAAUAAACAACAUGAAGUAUAGGACACCGUUCGAGCUCCAGGAGCAGCCUGGGACGCUUGGUAUUGUGCUAGUCGUAACAUAUGAGGUGGCAAUAAUAGCAAAACGGAUGCCGACAGAUGUUACAACCAUAGCAAAAGCUGUGGACAGCAUGCCUCCGAGUACGAUCCUAUUAUUGUUCCAGAGCGCACGUGUUCUGAGCACAAAUAAACUUUCAGAGCAAGUGAGUGAUAUCUGGCUAAAACAUGAGUAAAUAUUGAUCAAUACCCUACAUUUAUUGGGGUUUUCGGGGGUGAAGUUCAGGCAUAAGUACAUGGCGAUAAGAAGAAAGGGGAGAUAUCGUGUAGUGAUAUAAAGGGCUUUUACUUUGGUCCAGCGUGACUUACGCAGAAAUUUCCACU